AUGUUGGUUAGAACAGUUAUAUUUUUGGCGCUAGCUGUCUUUGGGAGCUCGACCGACGAAAUGCAAGUCUAUGAUACAAUUAUAGUAGGCAUGGGAGCGGCAGGCUGUACCGCUGCCUCAGUGCUCUGUAAGGCUGGCAAGAAAGUGCUGGCUCUCGAGGCGCAGAAUAGAGUCGGAGGGAGAGUCAACACCGUUCCUUUUGGCAGUGGAGUUGUGGAGCUGGGAGCGGAAUGGAUCCACGGCGACCAUAACAGCCGUGUCUAUGACCUUGCCAUACAAAACAACGUUACCAUACUGUCUCAAGAUGUCUCUUUCCAAGUGUUCAGGUCAGAUGGCACAAUGCCAGACAAGAAAAUGAUCAACGAUCUGGUGAAUUAUGCUCUGGAGUCCGUCGACGACCCUCCGGAGGAACCGGAGCCUCUAGGGCAGUAUCUCACGAGAAGAUUGAUGGAAUACAUGGCCUUAAAGUACCCCUCGCUGUUAGAAGACAAGGAUUUCAUAGAUCAGUUUCUUCAUUUCAUGGACCUUGUCGUAAACAACUACGAGGCUUCCAACAGCUGGAAUGACAUCACCACCCACUCGAAAUAUAUGGACCUGAAGGGGGACCUGCAUUUAAGCUGGCACAAGAAUGGAUACAAAACUCUUUUCGAAAUAUUAUUGAACACGUACCGAGACGGUCCAGGGUAUCCGAACUUAAACCUUCAACUUGAGAAGGAGGUCACAAAGAUCACGUACCCCCAGGAUCCAGCCCAGGAUGUGGAGGUGACCUGCAAGGACGGCUCCACGUAUAAGGCGAGGAAUGUCAUUGUGACAGUAUCACUCGGCGUGCUGAAGGAAAGCUACGAAACUCUAUUUGCACCACAACUACCCUCAUCCAAAGUCGAAUCAAUAGAUAACAUUACAAUAGGUGUUGUUGGCAAAAUCAUUCUCGACUUUGAGAAAAUCUGGUGGGACACGAGCUCUGGCCUCCACGGCUUUCUGUGGAGUGAUGAGGCCGCAAAAGAAAUCUCGUACGAAGAUAGAUGGAUGCGCAGAAUUGAAGGUUUUGAACUUAAAAUGGGUUCGAACACCUCCAUCUGUUUAUGGACUGCGGGAGACGCGACAAUAUUGAUAGAAACAUUACCCGAAGAUGUGGUUAAAAGGAAAUCCAUGGAACUUAUAAGACGUUUCAUGGGUAAGAAUAAAACCAUACCGGAACCUAUAGACAUGUUGAGGUCGACAUGGUAUUCAAACCCGUUCACUCGAGGAAGUUACACGUAUGACAACCUCCAAACACCCUUACAUCCGAACGCUCGCGAAAUCCUAGCGGAACCUCUCGUGGACAGAAGCGGAGCGCCACGAGUGCUCUUCGCAGGUGAAGCCACAGACAGCCACCACUUUUCCACUGUCCACGGCGCCACAGACACAGGCCACAGAGAAGCGACGAGGUUAUUACCAAAAGGAAAACUGUAA